AUGCGAUUCCGAUCAUCACUCUGUAUUGGGGCGCUGUUCACCCUAGCGACAGCAAAUCAACUGAUCCCCAAUGUUACCAUCUCCAAUUCCACAUCCGUGAUCCAUCAGCUGAGUAGUGACUCUGAGUUUGCCUUCGUCCUGGAGACCUUUCUCUCUUUCGCCAAUGGCGGGGGUGCUGCCACGGGUGAGAUCCUUCGCGCAGCCUCCCAAAUAAAGCCAGGCGACAUGGAAAGCUUCUAUAGAGAGUUUAAGUACCUGGCAGACCAAAUCGCCGACCAGGCGACGUCGGUCAAUGCCACGAGGUUUCCCGUCUCGGCUCGUGAGGCGCACCUCCGUGCAUCAUCAUACUAUCGCGCAGCGGACUUCUUCCUGCACGGCAAUGCCUCCGAUCCCCGCAUUCAAACUUUGUGGGAUUCCGUGCUGGACCACUAUGACACCGCCAUGAAGCUGCUGCCUGACCCGCCGGUGCAGGUGGAGCUUGAAGGGAGCGAGUUCAAGAUUCCUCUAUAUUUCUAUUCACCCCCGAAGUCCUCACACGCCAAUGCGACAAGCGGUAAAGGCAAACGACUUCCCACGAUCCUGGUCGGAUCUGGGUAUGAUGGAGCUCAGCAAGAUACCUACCAUCAACUCGGCAAAGAGAUCCUCGCACGCGGGUGGAACUUCGUCACCUACGAGGGGCCCGGACAGCCAACAGUACGUCGUGAGUCAAACAUUGGGUUCAUCCCCGACUGGUGGAGUGUGGUCACUCCCGUCGUUGACUGGCUACGAACUCGUGACGACGUGGACAUAGACCGGAUCGCGCUGGGAGGAAUCUCGUUCGGUGGUCAGUUGGCGCCGUUGGCAGCCACCCGUGAGCACCGUCUUGCCGCUGUCCUGGCAAUUGAUGGAAUGCUUGAUCUUCAUGAGGUAAUCUUGCAGCAGUUUCCAGCCUCGAUACAAAAACUGUAUCAAAGUGGGAACAAGACGGCCUUCGAUGCGAUCGUCUGGGAAGCAUACAAGCAAACCACUGACACGAGUCAGAAAUGGGGCAUUGAUCAGGGAUUAUGGUCUUUUAAGACUAGCAGCCCUUUCGAAUGGAUGACUAAAAUGAGUAAAAUGGCUAUCAACCAGACGAUGCUGGACAACAUCACAUGUCCGGUGUUUGUUGCUUCGGGUCAAGACGACCAUAUUGCGCCUGGUCAGCCGGAGAGUAUGGCGCGUAUGCUUGGUGAUAAGGCUUAUUAUCAUCUUUUCAAGAGUAAUGUUGGUGCGGGAGAGCACUGUGCUAUUGGGGCUGAGCCCCAGCUGGCGAUGGCUACUCUGGACUGGUUGGAUGAGGUUUUUGAGAACCCGACUUCGCGUUCCUCUUGAUAGCUACAAUCUGUGGAUACUUUGUUGCGGAAAUCUU